CUUUCUGCCACUUUGGUACCAGAUGCCAGCAAGAGCAGAGAGGUACUCGAAGUGUAAGCUGGACCAGCAACAUCAGCACCUCCUGGGAGCUUGUUAGAAUUGCAAAUUCUCAGACCUUCCCCUACCAGAUCAGAAUCUCGGAGGGAGGGCCCUGAGAUCUGCGUUUGAAUAAGCCUCAAGUGAUACUUCUGAAGGUGGAGUGUGAAAAAGACUGAUACAAGGUGCUGACUGUUGUGAGGCCAGAUUUCCAAUUGCUUUGAUUAAAGUAGAAACAUUCUAUGGCUUGGAUGACUUACAUUUCAAAUUGGUUUGAACAAGAUGAUUGGUAUGAAGGACUACAAAGAGCAAACAUGUCCCAGGUAAGGCAAGUGGGACUGUUGGCUGCUGGGUGUCAGCCAUGGAACAAGGAUGUGUGUGCUGCUAAUGGAGACAGGUUUGCCUAUUGUGCCACCCUGGCCAUCUAUAUUUAUCAGUUGGAUCACCGUUAUAAUGAAUUCAAACUUCACUCAAUUAUGUCUGAACAUAAAAAAACAAUCACAGCCAUCUCUUGGUGUCCACAUAACCCUGAUCUGUUUGCAAGUGGCAGUGCCGAUAACUUAGUGAUCAUUUGGAAUGUUGCAGAACAAAAAGUCAUUGCUAAACUCGACAAUACAAAAGGGAUGCCGGCCUCCCUGAGCUGGUGCUGGAACACAGAUGAUGCUGUGGGUUUUGUUGCCCACAGAGGCCCUCUGUUCAUUUGGACUAUCUCAGGACCAGAUAGUGGAGUGACUGUACACAGAGAUGCUCAUAACUUCCUGUCUGAUAUCAGUAUAUUCAGAUGGCAUACCCAAAAAAGGGGGAAAGUUGUAUUUGGUCAUAUUGAUGGAAGUCUAUCAAUUUUUCAACCAGGUAAUAAAAGUCAGAAACAUGUUCUGAGACCCGAAUCUCUUGAAGGCACAGAUGAAGAGGAUCCAGUUACAGCUCUGGAAUGGGACCCACUCUCUACCGAUUAUCUCCUUGUGGCUCAUUUGCAUUAUGGCAUUCGCCUCAUAGACUCAGAAUCAUUUUCUUGCAUAACAACAUUUAAUUUUCCCAGUGCAGCAGCUUCUGUACAAUGUUUGGCCUGGGUUCCCAGUGCCCCUGGUAUGUUUAUAACUGGAGAUUCUCAAGUGGGUGUUUUACGCAUUUGGAAUGUUUCAAGAUCAACACCUAUUGAUAAUUUUAAAUUAAAGAAAACAGGAUUUCACUGCUUACAUGUACUUAAUUCUCCUCCAAGAAAAAAAUUUUCAAUCCAGUUUCCAACCAAAAAUCAUUAUACAUCCUCCACAAGCGAAGCAGUUCCACCUCCAAUAUUGACACAGAAUCAAGCGUUUUCUCUUCCUCCUGGUCAUGCUGUGUGCUGUUUCUUAGAUGGUGGAGUUGGACUUUAUGAUAUGGGAGCCAAGAAGUGGGAUUUUCUUAGGGACAUGGGACAUGUGGAAACUAUCUUUGACUGCAAAUUCAAACCUGAUGAUCCCAAUCUCUUAGCAACAGCUUCCUUUGAUGGCACUAUAAAAGUCUGGGAUAUAAACACGCUGACAGCAGUGUACACGUCCCCGGGGAAUGAAGGAGUCAUUUAUUCCCUGUCAUGGGCUCCAGGUGAUUUAAAUUGUAUUGCUGGAGCAACUUCCCGAAAUGGUGCUUUUAUUUGGGAUGUUAAAAAGGGCAAAAUGGUACAGCGAUUUAAUGAGCAUGGAAAAAAUGGAAUAUUCUGCGUUGCCUGGAGUCAUAAAGAUUCCAAAAGAAUAGCGACCUGCAGUGAUGAUGGUUUCUGUAUUAUUCGAGCAAUCGAUGGUAAAGUGCUACACAAAUACAAACAUCCUGCUGCGGUGUUUGGUUGUGAUUGGAGCCAAAACAAUAAAGACAUGAUAGCCACUGGCUGCGAAGACAAAAAUGUUCGUGUCUAUUAUGUGGCCACCAGUUCCGAUCAACCAUUGAAAAUAUUUAGUGGGCAUACAGCCAAAGUGUUCCAUGUUAGAUGGUCUCCUCUGAGGGAAGGAAUUCUUUGCAGUGGUUCUGAUGAUGGUUCUGUUCGAAUCUGGGAUUAUACUCAGGAUGCCUGCAUCAGUGUUCUUAAUGGGCAUAGUGCACCUGUGAGGGGAUUGAUGUGGAAUACGGAGAUCCCCUACCUACUGAUAUCUGGCAGCUGGGACUACACUAUAAAAGUAUGGGACACUCGAGGAGGAACUUGUUUGGAGACUGUGUAUGAUCAUGGUGCAGAUGUAUACGGUUUAACAUGCCAUCCGAGCCGCCCCUUCAUGAUGGCCUCUUGCUCCCGUGACUCUACAGUGAGACUCUGGUCAUUAACACCUUUAAUCACUCCUUUACAAAUUAAUAUUCUGGCAGACAGAUCUUGGGAAGAAAUUAUCGGGAACACUGAUUAUGCUAUACAACAAGGCACCCCUCCUCUAUUGUGUGGUAAAGUAUCAAGAGAUAUUAAACAAGAAAUAGAGAAGCUAACUGGUAACCCUCGAGUGAAAAAACUAAGAUGGUUUUCCAAAUGUCUGUCACCUCCAGGUGGCACUGACAAUUUGUGGAACUUAGUCGCUGUGAUAAGAGGGCAGGAUGACAGCUUACUUCCUCAGAACUAUUGCGAAGGAAUAAUGCAUCUGAAGCAUCUGAUUAAAUUCAGAAUGUCUGAAGCCCAAGAACUAACAACAAUCAAGAUGUCUAAAUUUGGUGGUGGUAUUGGUGUUCCUACUAAAGAGGAAAGACUGAAAGAAGCUGCUGAAAUCCACUUGAGAUUAGGACAAAUUCAGAGAUACUGCGAACUUAUGGUUGAACUUGGAGAGUGGGACAAAGCCUUGUCAAUUGCACCAGGGGUAUCUGUGAAAUACUGGAAGAAGUUAAUGCAGAGGAGAGCUGAUCAAUUAAUCCAGGAAGAUAAGGAUGAUGUCAUUCCAUACUGCAUAGCCAUUGGUGAUGUGAAAAAAUUAGUCAAUUUUUUUAUGUCCAGAGGGCAGCUUAAAGAAGCUCUGCUGGUUGCACAGGCUGCUUGUGAGGGAAACAUGCAAAGCUUACACGUCUCUACACCUAAAGGAUCUUCCUAUUCUGAUGAUAUCUACAAGGAAGACUUUAAUGUUUUCUUCUUUUGUUAUGUGACCAGGAAUUUGGCAGCUGAUCUUCUCCUGAUGAUUCCUGAUAAUGAGCUACACUUAGUAAAACUCUGUGCUUUCUACCCAGGGUGUACAGAAGAAAUAAAUGAUCUUCAUGAAAAGUGCAAGCUACCCACAAUAGAAGAAUGUAUGCAGUUAGCUGAGACAGCCCGUGCAGAUGGCAACAUACCUGAAACUAUAAAGUAUUACUUGUUAAGUCAAGAACCCGAAAAAGCCCUUCCUAUUGGUAUUGACUUCAUCAAAGAAUACAUCAAUAGUUCAAAUUGGACUUUGGAUACUGUUUAUCCUGUUCUUGACCUAUUAAGUUAUAUUCGUACUGAAAAAUUACUGUUGCAUACAUGUACUGAAGCUCGAAAUGAAUUGCUCAUAUUGUGUGGUUAUAUUGGUGCAUUACUAGCUAUCAGAAGACAGUACCAAAGCAUUGUUCCAGCACUUUAUGAGUACACAAGUCAGCUAUUGAAACGUCGAGAAGUGUCAGUGCCUUUAAACAUUGAACAUCUUUCUGAGGAAUUGGAUGCCUGGAGAGCGUGCACACAGUCCAUCAAUCAAUCAUCAGAAGAAUCUCCAUAUGCACUGCCUUCUGAGUCACAAAGAAUGGUUUAUACAACUUUGCUAAAGAAACUAAAAGAAGAACCACUGAGAGGAACUAUUGGACCAGAUUAUGUGACUGGAUCAAAUCUUCCCAGUCAUUCUGAUAUUCACAUCUCUUGCCUUACGGGGUUAAAAAUCCAGGGUCCUGUAUAUUUCCUUGAAGAUGGGAAAUCUGCUAUCUCAUUGAAUGAUGCUUUGAUGUGGGCAAAGGUGAAUCCAUUCUCACCUUUAGGGACUGGAAUACGACUCAACCCAUUUUGAUAGAAGGUCUUACUCCAUGCUUAUUUGUUUCUUUUUUUUUAAAGAACUUUUGUGGGUUAGUAUUAAUUGAACUUUUAUUGUCCAAGAGCCAAAGGUUGGGAGGAGAGGGGGAAGUGAAGAAUAACAAUUGAUUUUAUUCAUGAACUUCAAAAACUAAAAUAUAUAUAUACUUUAGAGGAAAAAUAGGUGUCUCCUUUAUAAAAUAUAAUAGCCAUAUUUGGGAGGAAGGUGAUAUUUAAAUUAUAAAGAACUGAAAAAUCUAAAAGAACAUAUGAAAGUUUCACACAGCAUAAAAGGUACCCAAAUAUUAUAUUGUUGAAACACUAAAACAUAAACUAGUGCAACACCUAGAAUAGUACUUGUUGCCCUACAGUAAAUACUUAAUAAAUAUUUGAAUGACUGAAUAUCUCAAAGUAUCAAAAUGGAAGGUAUGUACGACUGAUCAUCAAGUUAAAAAACACCCGUAUUGUCUUCUAUUUAAUGUAUAGUAAACCACUAGAGUUAGCUCAUAUUUAAUAAAAGUUUUCAAUGACAAGUUUAAUAUAUGUCAAUAAAUGGAUUCACAGUCAAAAUACUUUUGAGUUUUAGUUUUUUUAAAAAAAACAUUACCAAAGUUUUUAUCUGAAAUUCAAAUGCCCAAUUAUAAAGGAAUAGGUGAAAUAAGCAUGAAAAAAAUUGGGGAAUGAAAAACACAAUGCAAUCAAAUCUACAUGAGAAUUUGCAUUUGAUGGUAAUUAACUACUUUAAAAGAUAUUUGCUUUUGUAUAGAUAUUAGUUUUGAUUAAUGCCUUUAAUAUUUUCAUAAUCUCUAAUCAGUUUAUAUUAACUCUAACUCAUAAUUUAUUUGAUGAAAAUUAGUUUAAAAUAAAUUUCUGUUUGUAAAUAGGAUAUUAGUUGAAAUUUUGGAUAUAUUAUAUAAAUUCAAGUUUUUAAAAUAUUAAAAGAAUAAAGCUAUAAAAAAGUGUGAGGCAUAACUACAAGUAUUUCAAUCAUUCUAGAAUUCUGACUUUGAAAUUGAUGAAAUUAAUGCAUACUAGGAAGAAUAGUACUUUGAUACUCAAAUUGUUUAUAAUAUAGAUGUUUUAUAAUAUGGAUGAUUUUGUCAACUAAAGAGUAAGCUUAUAUAACUAGAAUAAUUAUGGGUUUUGUUAUCUUUAAACUUGUUGCAUUUAAAAUAUUUUAAAAUUUUUCUUAAGCUUCUUAUAACAGAAAACAAUACACAUUAUGUACCUAUCUAUUACAUUAACCACUUCUAACUCUUCAAAAAGACCUUAUAGGCUUAAAUUCCAUUUUAUAAAAAAAUAAUUAACAUUAUAGAAGAGAAUAUAUGCAACUCAGAGAUGCAAUGGGUAAUAUAAAGUGUAUCUGAGAAGUAUUAUUUUAACCCUUAGUGAUAUGUAUAACUCUUUUCAUUUGGUGAGGAGGAUUAUUAAUUAGGGUAUAUGUACUAAAAUUUCCUCACUUAAAAAUGGCAGUCUCCUACUAUCAUUCUCUUUAUUUUGUUUUAAAUAAAUUAAUAAAUCUAUCUUUUGUGCUUUAAAUACUUCAAAAGAUAUUAUUGAGUUUAAAUUAUAUGUAUGUAAAUAAUUGUUACCUUCUAUAUUUUUAAUGAAUGCCGGAAAAUGAUAUUUUUUAUGUAUUAAGUACUAAAAAAAUCAUAUAACUGUUUAGCAUAUGAAGACAAUAAAGAGUAACCCAAUUUCUGUCUGAAAUCUAAAUUAUAUUAAGUGCAAUUGUUAUUCUUUGUCACCAAUAAUGUUCUAUACCGUCAAAUUAAUUUUAACUAUUAAUUAUUUAUAGAAUUAUAAUUGUCAUUUAACUAUGUCAAUCUGUGUCAAAUUAAUUUUAACUAUUAAUUAUUUAUAGAAUUAUAAUUGUCGUUUAACUAUGUCAAUCUGUAUAUAUUGUGCCUUAAUAUGAAAAACAAAACAGUUUUUAAAAUUUUUUAAAGUAGUUUUCGUUGUUAGAUUUUAUAUGCAUAAAAUCCAGACAAAUAAUAUGAACUUAUUUUACUACGUGAAGAUGUCCAUAUUACCAAUAAUAUGGCCAAAUUAUUUUGCAAGUUUAAAUCUGCCUUUAUGAAAGACAUCUCAUUAGACAUUGAUUUUAAAAGCAUUGGAAAAAUAUUUUGCUAUAAAAAUUACCAGGUGGUUAACAAAAUUUCAAUGUCAAAAUGAGUUAUAUUUUGUGAAAAUCUAUGAUUUUUAAGUCAAUCAAAAUUAAUGGGAAAAAAAUUAUAUAUAUCCACAAAAUCAGCUAGAUGUGUUCAGGAACAUGGUUGCAUUAGAACAAUGACUAUAUUUUGUUGUCCUUAUAACAGGAAAAUUAACACUUUUUUGGUCUUAAGUUAAAAUUCUGAAUCUAGUAAAAGUCUGCAUAGUAAAAGUUCUGCAUGGUAAAAGUCUCGCAAAAUUACUUGUAAAAUUUGGGAUUUCAUAGUAGUGUACCAGUGAUACAGAAGAUAUCUUUAUUAUCAACUCUUAGUAAGUCUUAUUGUACCAUCUCUUUGAAACUCUUGUAUCUAAAUAAUUGAAAAAAAGUACUUUCAUGCUGAAUUUAAAUACCAUAUGACUGCUAUACUAUGGCAUGUAGUGAUCUAAAUUUUCAUGUAUGUGUGUUUUUCAGGUCCCCUAUAUUUUAAUAAAUGCUGCAAUUUAAAGCCAGAUAUGACGUAGUGAACUGCUAAGAUGAGUGUCAGUCUUGUCCCUAAAAACAUCAUUGAGAGAACACUAUUUUCCCUACAAAUGCUGGCUCAGAGUCAGCAGAGGUAUGAAGGGCUGAGCUGUCCACCUGGAUUAUUACCCUACUCGGAAACCUAGAAAAGUCACUUUAUUGGAUGGUUCUGGUAGAAGAUUCUCCACGAGUAAGAAACACUGACUACAAUAAGCCCUCAAAGUAUCUGAAAGAGAAAUAGGGCUUACUAACGAAUAAGAACAGCGCAUCACAGAGGCUUCCACUGGCGUGAUAAGCAUUCUGCCAGUUGAUUGAAAAAGCUCUUUUCCUACCUGGGCUGCUGCAGCUCCUAGAAAAGUUCACUGCUUCCUUCUGCCAAAAAUCCUUUGAGAAGUAAAUGGCCUUCCUUUUGCCUGUAGUGUUGGCUUCUGUUGACACAACUCAUCCUGCUGAACUUCUUGAAGUUACCUACUUUGGCCAUACCUGCUACCCUCAUUUAUUUAUUCACUGUGGAAUGAAGCUUACAGAUCAUUUCAUAUUUUUCACAACUCUCUAUAAGUCUCACAGGAACAGAGUCAAAGGAAUAAAGAAACAUAUUAUUUGACUGUUUACCUAAAUCUAGUCCUUUUCUCAGGACCUUUUCCUUGAAUAAGCUUCAGAAGACUUGUUUCUACAACCGUUUCCUAAGGAACUAUAUUUUAUAGGUUAAAAUAUUAUUCCCGUAAUUUUAGAUUUGUCCCAUUAGAAUGCAAGGCAGCAGGUAAAAUAACUGAUAGUGGUUAAGAUAUGCAUUUGGACUAAUUCCUUUACCUCAGCUAAAACCAGAUUCUAAAUAUACUCCUAAGAAGUGAUCUAUUUCACUAGGGCUCUCUUUAAUUUUUUUUACUAAAUAUGAUUUCAAAAAUUAAACAAGGAAGUCUCUGGAAGUAGAAAUUCUAAUAAAACUGUCUAAGCCUUCAUUUUAAAAAUGCAGAAAAACUGAUAAGAGUUUAGCUGGAAAUUGACAAACAUGUCAUGGAAUUCACCAUUAGUAAUACUCAUCUUGGAAGUCAAAGAAGACUGUUAAUGAGAUGGCAUAAAAACAGGAAUAAUUCCAGCGGAAGACAAUUUUCCAGAUAUGACUAUAAAGUUACCAAAAAUAUAUAAAAGAUAACUAGUCAGGAUAUCAACCUGUUUUUGUUUCCCUUCAAUAAAAAUAUGGGCAUGCCUGCAACCAGUAGGAUUAAAUUGAAUUAAUGAACACCAGAACCAAUUUCCAAGUAAAGCUUGAUAUUCCUUUUACACAACUCAGUAUCAACAGGAAGGACACCUAUUUUUUUAAUGGUUUAAAUAAGGCUAUUUAUGGAGGUGGAUAAGAUAUCCUAUGGGCCAGUGUAUAAUAAUCAUUCAGAAUAAAUUUUUUAUUAAUGAAUGUAAUGUGUAAAUACAUAGUAUCAGGGAAACUAGUAGCUCUUUUUUUUUUUUUGGCUGAGCCAUCCUGCCUCCUGUUGGCAGCUCAGCAGCAGCUCAGCUUGGGCUGGGAAUC